AUGUCCCAAGGCGUCAAUCCUCGACGGAAGCGAGCCAGCAAAGCUUGUGUAGCCUGUCGCUCCCGCAAGGUCCGAUGCGAUGUCACUCACAGACCGCAUCAGUGCACCAAUUGUGCCCUUGAUAACAUCCAAUGCGUUGUAAAAGACAGACGCACCAAAUAUCGCAAACGCUCUCCCGUCGUGGUCGAAAAACAGCAGCGGAUGCAGUUCAGAAAUAGUUUGCAGGUGAUUUUACCAAAGGACCCAAGCUCUGCUGCGUCGGAUGAUGUGGACUCGCCAAACGAUGCUUGUGCAGAGGAAGGUCUCUCCGUGGAAUGUGGCCCUGAAAGUCCAUCUAUGUGCUUUGAGGCGCUUUGGGAUCAACCUGAGUUAGACUUCCCUACCGAGCGACUCGUUCAAGGACCAACAGACAAUCAUAAGAAGGAAUCUGGAAUCUUUGAGAUGGUUCUCAAUCAACGCAAAGAUUCCGAAUUCAGCAUCAUCUCGGAGAACUCUCGGGUUCAUCAAACAGAGCCCAAGCCAGCCUCAAGCUCCGAUGCAACCAUGUCUGGUCAAUCGCACAUUAUAUAUUCAUACUACUCUUUCCUCGAUCUCGAUAUCUCUGGUUUAUUACCUGACGACAUAAACUAUCUCGAAGCGCAAGGAUGCUUUCGAGUCCCCACUCCAGAAGCCUUAGAUGAGUUUGUUCAAGAAUACUUUUUACAUGUUCAUCCGGCGCUUCCGUUAUUAGAUGAAGCCUGGUUCUGGGCCAUCUAUACACGAUCUGUACGCGGCAGAUCAAACAUCUCUCUCUUUGUCUUCCAGGCCAUGCUAUUUACUGCAUGUAGUUUCCUGCCCUUUUCAACCAUCCGAAGUCUUGGGUUUGCUUCAGUACACAAUGCACGGAACACAUACUACCGCCGUAGUAAACUGUUGUUUGAUCUUUGCAGCGAGAGGAACCUCGUGUCCAGUGCCCAGGGGGCACUUUUGCUGUCAUACAAUGGAACAAUGAAGGACCAGAAACGCACGAAUUCUAUUUGGCUAUCAACAGCAAUCCACUUAGCUCAGGCCGCAGGUGCAGAUCAAUUCCAUACCAGCACAAACCCGAGUUUGACUUCGGUAAAUGAGCUGAAACGACUGUGGUGGUGCUGUAUAGUACGAGACCGAAUCCUGCCUCUUGGGAUGCGAAGACAACUACACAUCACAUCUCUUGAUGUGGCUCAUACCAACUAUUUGCCUACCGAAAAAGAUUUCUGGCGCGAGAUUGACGGGUCUCGUGUCUAUGCACCACAGACGAAACGAACGCUAGUCCGAUUAUUUAUCACGCUGUGUGAACUAACUGUCCCGCUCACUGAUGUCAUCAACAUCGUCUAUCCUACAGGCCGCUUGACGGACAUCAAUUCCCCAGUUGUUCAUAACACCCAAAAGGGAAGGGAAUCGCUGCAGUCUUGUGAGGCUGGCUUGGAGGCUUGGUUCGAAAGGGCAACCAUCCAGUUUCCAACGCCUGCUGGUAUCCUCACUCGCGAAGGAUCUCUUGUGUUAUACACAAACUUACUUUAUAUAUACUACCAUGCUGCUUGCUUUGCACUUUACCAGCACAAAGCCUUCAUUAUUAGCCAGGAACAGGCCAAAGCGACUUCAGACCUGCAACAGACCAAAAGCAAAAUCGAGGAUGCCGCCCUCGGCAUUACAGAGAAUUUGAAAGAGCUUAUUCAGCUGAGGCUAGAAAGGUUCUUGCCAAUCAGCAUUGCUGCUUACAUUGCUGUUCCCCUGGUGCUCCACAUCCUUGAUGUGAGGCUUGCAAAGAGGCCACUACAAAUAGCCCAGAAGCAAGGGAAACUAAAUGUUUAUGUUGAGACGAUGAAGUCUAUGCAGAAACUCUAUGAUGGCGUUGAUGAUGUUUGGACCUUUAUAAGAACAGCCAUCGAUUAUGCAACUAUACAGGAUACAGAGAAUGAGACAAGCUCACAAAAUGGUUUCUCAAUCGAUGCUGUCGGGUGUCUAGGAUUGAAAUCCCAACUCAUCACAGACAAAGAGUAUGCCAAUGACUGGGGUAAUGUCCUCGUCAUGGAACCGGUUUUAUACUUCAGGCUUUCUCGAACCAUCGACCACUCAUUAGCUCUCGGGAGAUACUCAGAAGACUCAACACUUGGCCUCGCUGCACCUCGUUCAGCGCGUUUACCUUCUCCUAGACUCUUUACCGUUGACAUUGAUUCCCCCGAACAAACUGUCGAUGACACCGCUUGCGAGCGUCAUCAAGCAUCUGUUGACAACGGGGAUAGAGUGUCCGAGGAUGUGCAAGAACAGUUUUCUUUACUACCUCAGAUACUUGAGGACAUUGACGAGUUUGUUACUUACGACUUUGGAAUAGAAGACCUGUAA